CAUAACCUACAUACUCUCACCAGGAGGCUGGAGCGCGGAAAAACGGCUCGUUUCAUGCGGAAUACUUUAUUUAAGAGAGCCGCGAUCGGAUUUUUGUUUUAUUGAGAAAGUGUAGAUUGUAAUUUAUUUCAAGAAAAUGUCCGGAGAGCGAAACCGCAGGUCGCUGGCUUUCCGAGGAGGUGGAUUAGCCGUCACCGGUGCCAGCGCCGUCGGAGGCAACAGCUGUGAGGCCCCAGCCUGUCAAGACCGACAUCUGAACGGGAACAGACCGGAUCAAGAGGACGACAGGGAUCUGGGGGCGAAAGGACCAUCGCUGGGGAAAGUUGAGGGCGGGGGGUCCGUCAGCGACAGCACGGAGCCGGAGGCAGAGGAGGACGACGACCCGGAAGGGGGCAGUUGGACAGCGGGUAAAGAUCAUGACAGAGGCGCUUUAAACAGCAUAAUGGUGAAAACCGAGGGCUGUAAGUGGGCGACUGGCAACGGCGUGAACCGGGAGGACUGUAGCGCGGGAGAGGCGGAGGAAGCGGCCGCUAGAAAGCCGCUGCUGGAGAUGAGACCUCAGACGCUGCUGCUCCAGAAACACUCGCUCUUCCAAGCCUCCUGGCUGCAGGAGUUUCCCUGGCUCAAAUUCAGCCAGGAAACAGGGCUGAUGUCUUGUUCCUGGUGCCAUAACAUCGCCACCAACAACAGAGACGAGCUGGUGAAAGGCAGCCGGAAUUACAAACGGGCCUUGCUGCUGAGGCAUCACCUGUCCUCGGAGCACGGCAGGAAUGACCCGACCAGACAGGAGAUGGAAAGGCCAGAGGGCACGGAGAGCCCAGAGGUGGAGGACUAUAGAAACAAGCCCAAUGAGAACUCCUACUGCUACCAGCUGCUGCAGGAGCUGGACAAACAGCGCAAGAGCGGCAUCCUCUGCGACGUCAACAUCGUAGUGGGUGACCAGGUGUUCAAGGCACACAAGAACAUCCUGGUUGCUGGGAGCCGCUACUUCAAGACCCUCUACUGCCUGACGAAGAGUGAGAACUGCGACCAAACUACCAUCACGCACUUGGACGUGGCCGCCGUGCAGGGUUUCUCUGUCAUCCUGGACUUCCUGUACUCCGGCAACCUCUUGCUCACCAGCCGGAAUGCCAUCGAGGUGAUGUCCGUGGCGAGUUACCUCCAGAUGACCGAGGUGGUCCAGUCCUGUCGCGCCUUCAUCAAAGACGCCCUCAACAUCAGCAUCAAGCAGGAAGCCCCUGAUUCUGUGGUGGUCGACUACAACAAGCGGCGGACGGUGGCGAAAGACUGCCAGAGUGCCGACAAGAAGCCCAGCAACUUCUGGGCCACCAGCAUCUUGUCCAAGCUGUCCAUCAAGGCCAGUGGGCAAGUGAAGGAUGAACCCAGUGACAUAGAGGUGUCCGGUGGAGAAGGCUGUGCUUUGGGAAGCUCUGGUUGGGGCGGAGAGAAUUCGUCAGAGUCUACGGAGACGGAGCCACAGGGUCCGGGGCCGGUGUUUGUCUGGAACGAGCCACAUCCCGGCACUGGGGUCGCCGUCAAGAGAGAGGCGCAUCCUGAGCCGGGCAGCGGAAGGCGGAAAAAACAGACCGCUAAGCGCUUCGUCUACAACAUCCCACCUGAGCCGGAAGAGGGUUUUGACGAGGGCAUGUUCAUCCAACCAACUGCCUCUUACACCAGAGAGGACUUCUCUUAUCUCUCAGAGAAUGCCGGCGAAGCGCCUGAAAACGCCCUCAAUAAGCUGAAGUGUCCCCACUGUAACUACAUUGCCAAGCACCGGCGAACACUAAAGAGACACUUGAUCAUCCACUCGGGCGUGCGCUCCUUCAGCUGCGACAUCUGCGGAAAGCUGUUCACUCGCCGAGAACACGUCAAGAGACAUUCCCUGGUUCACAAAAAGGAUAAGAAAUACAAGUGUAUGGUAUGCAAGAAGAUCUUCAUGUUGGCGGCCAGCGUGGGCAUACGGCACGGCUCUCGGCGCUACGGUGUGUGCGUGGAGUGCGCCGACUCCCACCAAGGCACGCAGGAGGGUCUGGAGGGCAUGCAGGACCUGGAAUUCGCCCGCGACGAAGACUUUGACGAGGCCGGAGAGGGAGACGAGGACAUGGAGGCGGAAGGGGAGGAGCCCAAUGAGAUUGACCAAUCCAACUGCGAGGGUGAUGUGGGUGCCACCCCCGAGAAGGACUAAUUUAGACAUAACCUGGUAGAGAAACGAAUCAAAAUGCAAAGAAAAAAAAAAUAGCUGGGAAACAAUCAACAAUUCCAAAGUGCUAUCAAACCUCUUUGUUGCACGUGAAGUUAUGUCAAAGAGAUAUAUAGCUUUGUUAGAGAGGGACUCCAAUAUUUAAAGAUUGUUCUGUGUGUCAGAGUCUGGGCCAUGUGCCUGUCAGAGAAAGAGGUAUAAUGAUAUAUAACAAAAAAAUCAGGUUUUUCUGUGAUGUAUUUUUUUUUUCUUUUGUAGGGGAUGAGGGUGUACAGCGUUUCUGAGUUAUAAUAGGCCAA